AUGUUGACACGGUUCCCCGACGAUUACGACAAUUUUGCAAAAUACACCCGAUUUGGCAACAUUGCGCCUUAUUUCGACCGCGGCUGGUGUUUUUGCGAGUCCUCAUGGGCAAUGUUGACGAAACCUUCGUAUUUCUUGGUGGUCCUCGGACGAGCCACUGGAGACGAGAUACGCUAUUAUGGCUUCGCUGACUGUUCGCUGAUGCACACGGGGUCCGCAGGGCGGAAGGCGCCGGCCUUGCCCGACGCCUUCGAAGCGGAGCUCCACAGCAAGGGCUUCACGAACGGCAAGGACGAUCGGCCACGGGUUGCCGAGCUGUACCCUGUCGGCGUCCGCGCAGCGCUUCGAGUCCGCAGAGUCGCUGUUCUACGAGGUCCUGGGAUGGGGGGACGAGGAGGUCAGGCAGCUGGCCGUGGUGCUUGCUUCGGGCGCCCUGCCGCGGCUGCAGGCGCUCGACCUUUUUGGCAACCGCGUGGGGGACGAGGGCGCGGCCGCCCUGGCGGCGGCCCUCCGGGCCCCGGGCGCCCUGCCGAGCCUGCAGGUGCUCAACCUCACCAACACCGCGUUUGGGACGAGGGCGCGGCCGCCCUGGCGGCGGCCCUCCGGGCCCCGGGCGCCCUGCCGAGCCUGCAGGUGCUCGACCUCGGCGACAACCGCGUGGGGGCCGAGGGCGCGGCCGUCCUGGCGGCGGCCCUCCGGGCCCUGGGCGCCCUGCCGAGGCUGCAGCUGCUCCACCUCGGCGGCAACCGCGUGGGGGACGAGGGCGCGGCGGCGCUGCGCGCGGCGUGGGCCGCGGGCGGCCGCCCCGUAGACGGCAUGGGCGAGCUGGCGCAGGGCUCCUUCCGGAGGGGCCUGUAUCUCUGA